GUCACUCACACACACCAACGGUACAGUGGGCGCUAUUUUCUUGUAUUUUAAAGUGAAAAGGAACGCAGUAUACACGAGAUUCGGGAAAACAAAGUGGAUUUCUUCUUCUAGCCGAGGUUCCAAGCUAAAAGUCCGGUGUACGGUGAAGACCAGUGAGGACCGCUCCUGAAGGAUAUACAUGAAGGGAGGGGUGGGGGUGAGGGGGGCUUGUGACAUCACUCCCAGCCCAGGUCAGAGUCCACACAGGCGUGUUUUAUGAUUGAUGAGGAAGUAGCGAAGGCUUUGGUUAAUAGGAAACACAGGAACCUCCCUCUCCGCUGAGUGUUGAUGGCGUCACGUUAGGCUAGAGGAAGCAGGAAGCAGUCAUCAAGAUGAACGCGUUGCCGUCGAUGGACCGGCACAUCCAGCAGACCAACGACAGGCUGCUGUGUAUCAAACAGCACCUACAGAACCCGGCUAACUUCCACACAGCAGCAACAGAGCUGCUGGACUGGUGCGGAGAUCCCCGAGCCUUUCAGAGACCUUUUGAACAAAGCCUCAUGGGAUGCCUAACGGUGGUGAGUCGUGUGGCAGCCCAACAAGGCUUUGACCUGGACCUAGGCUACAGGCUGCUGGCUGUGUGUGCUGCUAACAGAGACAAGUUCACGCCCAAGUCUGCAGAAACCAACACCUGCAGGAGAUGUCAGAGUGACUCAGCCCUGCUGUCAUCGUGGUGCGAGGAGCUGGGUCGCCUCCUGCUGUUGCGUCACCAGAAGAGCAGACAGAACGAGUCCCCUCAGGGCAAAGUCCCCAUGCAGCCCAGCAUAAACACCAUGAAACCCCCUGGAGGACUCUCACAUGGUGAUGGGUCAUUUGCCUACGACUCAGUUCCAUGGCAACAGAACACCAACCAGCCCCCGGGGUCAUUGUCUGUUGUUACCACCGUGUGGGGUGUGACCAACACGUCACAGAGUCAGGUGUUGGCCAACAGCUCCAGCCAUAUGAACCCAGGUGGUAACCCCAUGGGCCAGGGUAUGUCUGGGGGUCCGGCAGGCCUCAACUCCCCCCAGUUUCCUGGCCAGCAGCAGCAGUUCCCAGCCAAGGGAGGCCAGGGUCAGGGCUACAUGCAGCAGGGGAUGUAUGGCAGGCAGGGAUACCCCGGUGGAGGGGGCUACAGCGGGAGUUACCCAGGUGGUCCUAACACUCCCCCAGGGGGGAUGGGCAUGCCUCAACACUCCCGCCAGCCUGGCGACUUCACCCAACCAGCAGCUGCUGCUGCUGCCGCUGCUGUUGCCGCCGCCGCUGCUACGGCAACCGCCACAGCAACUGCUACCGUGGCAGCCAUGCAGCAGGAGACACAGAACAAAGAGAUUAACCAGUAUGGACAGAUGUGUUCCUCCUUCCAGAUGGGCCCAGGCCAGGCCUACAACAACCAGUUCAUGAACCAGCCCGGCUCCAGAGGGCCCCCUGGAGGCAUGAACCCAGGCAACAUGGGCCAGGCCAUGAACAACCCGAGCAUGGGUGGGCCUACCAUGGGCAUGAACCAAACUCAAUCCCCAGGCAUGGGGCCUUUCGGGGCCCAUGGCCAGAGGAUGCCCCAGCAGGGCUACGGAGGACCUGGAGGCCCCAGGCAGGCCAUGCCUAUGCAGGGCAUGAAGAGGCCCUAUCCUGGGGAGCCAAACUACGUGGGGCAGCAGUAUGCUCCUAACGGUCAGUUCCCUCCCCAGCAGAGUCAAUACCCCACCUCUAACCCAUCCAGGCCAAUGCCCUCCCCAAACUACCCCGGCCAGAGGAUGCCCGGGGGGCAGGGGCAAGGCCAGUACCACCCGCAAGGCAUGCCCAUGGGACAGUACUAUAGGCAAGAGCCAUUCAACGGUCAGAACAGAGGUGGAUACUCAUAUAGCCAAGGCAACGGGGCCCCCAGGCCAGGUAACUACCCCCACUCCCCGGUGCCUGGUAACCCCACUCCUCCUAUGACCCCCGGAAGCAGUAUACCCCCGUACCUCUCGCCCAACCAGGAUGUCAAGCCCCCGUUCCCGCCUGACAUGAAACCAAAUAUGUCAGCGCUUCCACCUCCCAAUACAGUUAAAAGGAAAGCUGACGUCCUAUCUUCCUGUCCUGUCUCUCCGCUCCCAUCAGCCAAUCCCAACGAGGAGCUGCGGUUGACCUUCCCGGUCCGGGACGGCGUGGUGUUGGAACCUUUCCGGUUGGAACACAACCUCGCCGUCAGUAACCACGUCUACCACCUACGACCGUCGGUACACCAGACCCUCAUGUGGAGGUCAGACCUGGAGCUGCAGUUCAAGUGUUACCACCAUGAGGACCGACAGAUGAACACCAACUGGCCUGCCUCCGUCCAGGUCAGUGUCAACGCCACACCGCUGACCAUCGAGCGGGGCGACAACAAGACGUCCCACAAACCCUUGCACCUGAAGCAAGUGUGUCAGCCUGGCAGAAACACCAUUCAGAUCACCGUCACCGCGUGCUGUUGUUCGCACCUGUUUGUGCUGCAGCUGGUCCACAGGCCUUCAGUCCGCUCCGUCCUGCAAGGGCUCCUGAAGAAGAGACUCCUGCCUGCAGAACACUGCAUCACCAAGAUUAAGAGGAACUUCAGCAGCGUUGUGGCCUCGUCGGGUAACACCAGUCUAAAUGGGGAGGACGGAAUUGAGCAGACCGCCAUCAAAGUCUCCCUCAAAUGUCCAAUCACCUUCAGGCGCAUCCAGCUGCCUGCCAGGGGGCAUGACUGCAAACACGUACAGUGUUUUGAUCUGGAGUCGUAUCUGCAGCUGAACUGUGAGAGGGGGAUGUGGAGGUGUCCUGUAUGCAAUAAAACCGCCUUGUUAGAGGGUCUAGAGGUGGACCAGUACAUGUGGGGAAUCCUCAACGCCAUCCAGAAUUCGGAGUUUGAGGAGGUGAACAUUGACCCAUCGUGUAGCUGGCGGCCAGUGCCCAUCAAAUCUGACCUCCAUAUUAAAGAAGACCCUGAUGGACCACUGGCCAAACGCUUCAAGACCAUGAGCCCCUCCCAGAUGACCAUGCCCAAUGUCAUGGAGAUGAUCGCCCAGCUGGGCCCUGGCCCCUCCCAUUACCCAUCAGGCCCUGCUCAGCACGGGGGCAUCGGCGCCGGGGUCAACCCAGGGGAGUACGGUGGCCCGAGAGGCCCAGGCAACACUUACCACGGUCACGGGAACUUUGACUUCGCCCACGGUAACCCCUCGGGCGGGGGAGGUGGUGGAGGUGGACCGAGAGGAGGAGGAUCCCCCAUGAGUGACUUUAUCCACACCCCUCAGCUGUCCCACCCCCCAGACUUCCCCGGGGGUCUUCUAUCCCAGGACAAGCCCCUCAGCCACGGCAUCAACGGCCCUAUGUCUCAUCCUUCCAGCACUGAUCAGUCCCAUAAUUCCAUGCAACAGCAGAGCUUGCACGCGCCUCCUCACUCCAACAGCCAGUUGAUACAUCACGGUGGCAGCCAAUCAGGGCAGUCGUUACAUCACAGCGGCCAAUCGUUGCUGCCCCCUCGCCAGCAGGCCCCGCCUCCCCAGCUGCAGCAAGGCCAGAACAGCCACCAGCACAGCGAUCUGAACUUUAACCCCUCCUCGGGCAUUGAAGGUCAAAUCAGUGGUGACAUGCCCGAGCCCUCCCUAGAUCUGCUUCCAGAGCUGGCCAACCCAGACGAGCUCCUGUCCUAUCUGGACCCCCCGGACCUCCCCUCCAACAGCAACGAUGACCUGCUCUCCCUCUUCGAGAACAAUUAACCUUUUGCCUCCCUCACCCCUCGAGCCAAACCCAAAUCUUCUCUACAGACACACACACACCACAGGCUGUGUGUCCAACCAGCUGGACUCUCCAUAGAGUCCAUAGACACACCGUCAUCCUCAUAUGGACUGGUAGUGGGGACUCUUCCGAGUGGACUUACCCAAUGUGUAGUGCACUUCAGACCCAGGGUUCAAAGUUCAAACCCCCAGUCAGGUCACACCUCCUACACACCCGGGUUCACACACACACACACACAAUGUUUUGUCAAUUGUGGCAUAGACGUGUAGGUGGCAUGAGGUCAUCUGUCAGACCAUGAGAUGAUGAUGAGGAUGACAGUCUGGAUGUCAGGGAGUGGACGCUGUAUGUGAAAGAGACAGGAAACAGGAAAUGCACUCAUGUCCUCACUUCCUCACACACACUCUUCCUCGUGUAAAGAAUCGCGGAGCUGCGGAGCUCCUCUGGCCGACAACAACACGUCGACAGCCGAUGUCGGCUGUCUAGUCCUUAAGUGAUAUUAUAUCGAAAGAAAACUGUGCAGCUAUUAAUCACGUUCUAUGCGUAUGACCUCACAGGCCGAACUCUCUGUGUGGGCUUUUAGGAAAAAGUGUUGUAGUAUUGUUUUAUCAUUCUUAUUUCCCCCAUUAUACAAAAACAAAGAAAAACAUACAAUAAUAGGAAAGAAAAGUCAUCUUUUUGUCCUGGCCAGUGUUUCUAUCAAUCCUAUUUUGAUGUGUGUUCUUCCAAGCCUUGAUCCCCUGAGACCACGACCUUUAACCCCUGACCUUUGACCUAAAUAAAGUGUGUUCUUAUAACCUCUGACCCUUAGCUCACAGUGUGUUUCCAUCGUGACAUCAGUCAGUCAGCACUGGGUCCGUUCCAUCCAUUCUACUGAAGCACAACAGACAACCCCACACCACAUCACAGGCAGAGCACUGAGAGGAGAGACCAAGGCCUGUUGGGGAGGAUUCUAACCUUCUAGCUAGCUCAACCCAGUCUAUCGAAGAAUCAGCACUGUUAACUAUUCUGUCUGUCCAUCAACCCGUCCAAUGUUGUUAAAGUUUCUCUUCCCUGAUAUUGCAGUACAAUGCCAUGUCGGGCUGUGGGCUAUACAAAAAUGAAUUUUACCAAUACAUUAGUUUUAGGUUAGAAUGAUAUAGAAUUGUGUGGGAGAGAGAGUGUGUAUGUGUGUGUGUGUGUGUGCGUGUGCGCGUGCGUGCGUGUGCAAGAGAAAGAGUGAGGAUGAGAUUGAAGGGAAAAGAGAAGAGUCCCUGUUUAGUCUAUUAUAAUAGACAGAAACAUCUAGUGUUGCAAAAGAAAUUGGGCCCUUGUAAUAGAGCCAGAAUGAAAGUUAGCCUGUUUCUCCCUCUUUAAGGUGAGUCUUCCUCUGUUCUACAGGCCUGCGAUUGCUCCUGUAACUAUACUGUACGGUUUGGCUCUACCAUGUGUUAAGAAGUGCAUGUGUGCCAAUGGCCUCUGUUCUAAAUUAGAGGGAAAGAAUAUUGUCUUUUUUAUUUUAUAGUCAUUGCAUUUUUUUUUUAUCAUGAUUUUAUUUGACAUUUUCUUGCAAAGGAAUGAUUUUGGUUAAUGGUAAUGUAUUGUCCAACUUUUUUAUUUUCAUGUUUGUUCCACUUUGACUGUUGCCAUGCGUGAUACAUCACCAAAGUUAUCCCACAGUUUGUAGGAGUUGGCCUGGACAUUACUAUAAUGUAAGAAUGAUGCCCUUCUAUGCUUUAAGCAUACUCCUAGGGAACCCAUCAAACAUUAUUCUGAAUAAAUGUGUGGUUGCACUGCAUUUUCUGUGUCUUGUUACUACUGUUAAACUGUAUUUUGUCAUCUUAAAAAAAACAAAAAAAAGGAAAAGCACACAUGAUCCCACAAUGGUUUAUAAAGACAAUAAUUUUAAUUGUUGUCAUCCUGACAAUGUAUGCUUUAAAUAUAUUUGCUAAUGUAUUGAGGGAAAAGUGACUUUACCCCCAGUCUUUUUUUGUUUUAAGUCAAAAGUCUAAUACCCUCUGGAAUUGAAUGUGAGUUCUUUGACAUUUUUGUGCUACCCUCUUUUGUACAACACAAGAUCAUCAUGUGUAUUAUUCUAUCCUCGUAGCGUUUUUGAUAUUCUUCUCCUAUUUUAAGUUAUUACUUUGUUUAUCUAUUAAGUGACUUUGUGAGAAUAAUCAUAAUUUGGUUUACAUCAGAUUAUGUAGCCUACUAAAUGAAAUUGAAGAUUUCUAGAUCAAUCCGUGGAUAUUGUUUGGAUUUAGGAAUGAUCCCCAAUGCUGGUUGAAUCACCUGAACACAACUGAUCCUUUAGUCUGUCUAUUUGUUGAAGACAAUGCACUGCCACAGCGAGGUAUUUUGACUCCCCUGCUCUGUAGAUCUGUGUAGACAUGAUGCUGAAGUCUGGUCUAUCAACGUUACUCUCUACACGCCACAUAGAGGUUUGAGUCUUGUCCGAGGUUCAGGCUCCACACACAACUGUAGCUGGACAGUCAAUGGACACAAGGGGAGUGUGUUAGAGGAUGCAAUGUAUUUUCAU